AAAUGGUGCACAGUGACAAAAUGAAAAUACAAAUCGUCGAUGUUUGACGUCAUAGGAAAUAUGAACUAUGAUUAUUUAGUGAUUAUAUUUAGUUUGUGUGAAGUUUAAGUGGACAUUUAUAUAUGUAUUUAGUGAAAUUACGAAAAUGGAGACCGAUUGGAUGAUAGAAGAACAGACGACGCCAAAGCAGGUGGCAUCACUUACAUCACUGGACACAGGUGUUAAGCCAGCACCAAGUGGUGCUGCAUAUGUGGCAGAGAGAAACACAUGUCUAAACCUUUUUUCAAAAUGGAACGAAACCGACCAGGUGGAGUUUGUAGAGCAGCUAUUGGCGCGUAUGUGUCAUUAUCAGCAUGGUCACAUAAACGCAUAUCUCAAACCUAUGCUGCAGAGGGAUUUUAUCAGCAUGCUGCCAAAAAAAGGCCUAGAUCAUGUAGCGGAGAACAUCCUCUCGUAUUUGGACGCGAGUUCGCUGUGCGCCGCAGAACUGGUGUGCCGCGAGUGGCAGAGGGUCAUCUCGGAGGGGAUGCUGUGGAAGAAGCUGGUGGAACGGAAGGUCAGGACUGACUCGCUGUGGAAGGGGCUCGCUGAGAGGAGAGGAUGGAUUAUGUAUUUAUUCAAACCGAAGCCAGGCAGCCAACAUCCGUCCCACUCUUUCUACAGACAACUAUAUCCUAAGAUAAUACAAGAUAUACAAUCUAUUGAAGAAAACUGGAGAAUGGGAAGGCAUAAUUUGCAGAGGAUAAACUGCAGAUCGGAGAACUCAAAAGGAGUUUACUGUUUGCAAUAUGACGAUAAUAAGAUUGUGUCCGGGCUUAGAGAUAAUACAAUUAAGAUUUGGGAUCGGAAGACUUUACAAUGUGUUAAGGAACUACAAGGUCACACGGGGUCAGUACUUUGCCUUCAAUACGACGAAAGAGCAAUCAUAUCCGGUUCAUCAGAUAGCACAGUACGAGUAUGGGAUGUCAAUACUGGUGCAAUGCUGAACACGCUGAUACAUCAUUGCGAGGCCGUGUUGCAUUUGCGGUUUUGUAAUGGAAUGAUGGUCACGUGUAGUAAGGAUAGAUCAAUAGCUGUAUGGGAUAUGACGUCGACGACGGAAAUAAUGCUCCGUAGGGUACUUGUCGGGCACAGGGCUGCUGUGAACGUGGUGGACUUUGAUGAGAAGUACAUUGUCAGUGCGAGUGGGGAUAGGACUAUUAAGGUAUGGAAUACGUCGUCCUGCGAAUUCGUACGGACGUUAAACGGCCACAAACGUGGCAUCGCGUGCCUUCAAUACCGAGAUCGGCUCGUCGUGUCCGGAUCGUCCGAUAACACUAUCCGACUUUGGGACAUCGAGUGCGGACAGUGUAUACGCGUUUUGGAGGGACACGAGGAGCUUGUUAGGUGUAUACGUUUCGAUAACAAACGAAUAGUAAGCGGUGCGUAUGACGGCAAGAUUAAAGUGUGGGACCUUCGAGCCGCACUCGACGUUCGUACGCCGCACCAAGAUCUCUGUUUAAGGACCCUGGUGGAGCACACCGGCCGCGUGUUCCGCCUUCAGUUCGACGAGUUUCAAAUUGUUUCGUCGUCUCACGACGAUACGAUUCUCGUGUGGGACUUCCUCAACUACACGGGGGCUUCGCCGGCGCCCCCCGCGCCCCCGCAGCCAAGGUGGGCCUCGCCCGAGCUGGAUAGGGCCUUUUAUGACUAGAUUGAAGAUAUUCACCGCUUUCGGACAUCAUUUUAUAAGUAUUUAUAAAUGGACUUUGGCAACUUGUGAUGGUAUUCCCGAGUCGAAUUUAAGAAUUAAACGCCUAUACAAGUGUUAUAUACAGUGUAAAUUCUUUAUAACGAAUUUCAUGGACCGAGAAUUUUCGUUAUAGAGAGGUUUCGUUAUAGGGAGAGAAGAGAAAAAAAAUAACCAAUUACAAUAAUUUCUAAUUUUAUUACAAUCAAUAGGUAAAUUAUUCUAAACAUAUAUUCUGUUAACUUUGCCUGACGUGUUAAGGGAGCGUUCAAGUAUUACGUAACGUAUUUUGUGAGGGGGGAGGUCCUUUUGUGAAACGUUACGAUGCGGGGCGGGGAUUAAAUUACGCGUUAUUGU